UUCGGAGAUCCUUGCCGUCUCACUUUCUCCGCUUCUAUUGUGUGUCGCUUUUCGAUAAACCCCAAAUCACGGAAGAAUCUGGAGGAGCAAGAGCUCAAAACCCUGAAAUUUGAUUCGAUAGUUUGAUAAACGAAGCGUUUAUGGAUUGUUGGGGAACAAUCUGAAGUUUGAAGUUAGCUAAUUUCUAGAUUUUAGCUCUUUAGACAAAAGCAAGGCGAGGAAGUCUUCUAGUAUGUCGAGCAAAACUAGGGAUGUGCUAGAAGGUCUGGUUAAAGAUAGCUCACUGAAAUGGUUGCUUGGGAAGCAAAGUUCCUUCGAUGAAGAAAUCGAGGAGAUAGAGAAUUCUCCUUCUGCUGGAGCUAAUUGGAUACGUGAGCUUUCUCCAGUAGCAAAUGUGGUUAUUCGCAGGUGUUCAAAAAUACUCGGAGUUUCAGUAAGCGAGCUACAGGAUAGUUUCAACCAAGAGGCGUCUGGAUCUGUGAAGCAGCCUUCAAUGUUUGCAAGAAACUUUCUAGAGUACUGCUGUUUCAGGGCACUUGCACUCUCUGUGGGAGUAACAGGACAUCUCAGCGAUAAAGUGUUUCGGCGUUUAACUUUUGACAUGAUGGUUGCUUGGGAAGUCCCUUCUGCUGCUAGCCAGACAUUACUCAGUGUUGAUGAAGAUCCAACCGUCGGUUUAGAAGCCUUCUCUCGGAUUGCUCCAGCAGUUCCUAUUAUAGCUGAUGUGAUCAUAUGCGAAAAUUUGUUCGGCGUGCUGACUUCUUCAUCAAAUGGUGUCCGGCUUCAUUUCUCUGUUUAUGACAAGUAUUUGUAUGGACUUGAAAGAGCAAUAAAGAAGAUGAAGAGCCAGUCCGAGUCAUCUCUGCUCUCUGGUGUUCGAUCAAAAGGAGAAAAGAUUCUUGAGCUCGACGGAACAGUUACUACCCAACCAGUUCUUGAACAUAUUGGAAUAUCUACAUGGCCAGACCAGAACCAGUAGUAAUGGAGUUCCCUGAGCUCAAGGGACACACGCGUAGAGAUUACUGGCUCGCGAUAAUCCGAGAAGUGUUAUACGUUCACAGAUACAUAAACAAGUUUAAGAUCAUCUCUGGUGUGGCAAAAGACGAAGCUAUUUCAAAAGCUGUGCUUGGUAUCUUACGCGUGCAAGCCAUUCAAGAACUCGGUUUAGCAAAUCCAGUGCGUUACGAGAGUCUUCUCCCAUUCAAUCUCUGCGAUGAGCUUCCUGGUGGAGAUCAUGUUCUUGAGACGCUUGCAGAGAUGUCAAGCUCUAGAGUGCUUGACCGAACAAACAAAGCCAAAGAAGGGACAUUGUACUCGAUCUCGGCCUCAGAUAUGGUUUCUCAACUGGGUUUGAUGUUUGGAUCAAGUCCAAGGGGUAAUAGUAGUAGUCUUGUGGUAGGUGAAGUAGUGGUUGGAGAUGUGAAUCCAUUGGAAAGAGCGGUUAAGCAAUCAAGAAAAAACUAUGAGAAAGUGGUUCUGGCGCAAGAGACUGUUAAUGGAGUUAAAGUCGAUGGAAUUGACACCAAUUUAGCAGUGAUGAAGGAACUGCUUCUUCCGGUUAUUGAAAUUGGGAAUUGGCUUUUGUCGUUAGCGUAUUGGGACGAUACAUUGAAGUCUUCUGUUUUCUGUCUCCUCUCAACUUUCAUAAUUUACAGGGGAUGGAUUGGCUAUGUUUUGGCGGCUGCGUUUAUCUUUGUAUCGGGUUUCAUAGUUCUCACGAGAUGUUUUAGCAAUAGAGAGAAAGCAAUGAUCGAGCUGAAAGUUAUCGCGCCUCCUCCUAUGAACACAAUGGAACAGCUUUUAGCGGUUCAAAACGCGAUUUCGCAGCUUGAACAGUUGGUUCAAGACGCAAACAUUGUUCUCCUUAAGCUCCGAGCAUUAUUACUCUCGCUUUUCCCACAGGCGAGUGAAAAGUUUGCGGUUGCGGUUGUGAUCGCUGCGUUGAUACUGAUAUUGGUGGCUUGGAACAUUAUAAUUCUUGUGGUGUUUCUUGAGCUCUUCACAAGAUAUUCGCCACCGCGUAGACCAAGCACCGAGCGACUGAUACGGCGGCUUAAAGAGUGGUGGUUCAGCAUUCCGGCCGCUCCUGUGGUUCUCGAACAGAGGAAAGACGAUAGCAAGAAAACCAAGUAAAAUCACACGAAAGACGUACAGUAGUUGUUUUUUCAUGUAUCAUCAAUGUAUGUAUGUAAUAGAAAAUAAUGUGUAAUUUAGUUUGGUAUGUUUGUAUAUUUUUACAUGUAUCAUCAAUGUAUGUAUGUAAUAGAAAAGUGUAUUACAGUAUCAAAAUGUCACAUACACCAAAAACCAGUUAAUCUCCGAUUAACAUACAAAAACAUGGAUUGUUUGCCGUUAAAAGAAUAGAGAUUAUUUUAUAUUUCCCAAC